AUGGGCCUUUUGUUCAGCCCAGGGUGCGGGCCGUCACUCCGGGCAUCCAAGGGCACGUUCCACUCGUCCUCCUACGGGACCCAGAAUCCCCUGCGCCAGCCAACAUGGAAGAGCCCAGCCUCUGCGGGAGAACAAUGUUUUGGCUCUAAACAGCGUAACGCACCGCUAAAGGUGGGAGUGCGGCAGCCAGAUCAGCGGCCCGUUGUCAUGCACCGAAUGACACUACUUUGUGGCCCAUAG